AUUCCCACGUCAUCCCUUCCUAGAUUCUAGAACAUCGCCGUCUUGGGCUCCGCUUUUCCCUCUUGUUUCGCACAUCCUAUGGACGACGACGAGCCUGUCCCGCAGCUGCUACGAUGCGAGGCUGUGCGACCUCGCAAACCAUCGCAGGACUCCCAAGCGACUGCUCCGGAAGACCGUGCGACUAACAGUCGCACAUUAGUGUCGCCUGAGUCGCCGUCCCUCUCUGACGACGAGAACUACGAGCUCGCGACGAUGCCUUCCGCGGACUCCGGAUGGUUCGGUCCCGCGCAGGUCCGCGCAAGGAUCCCUCCGCCACCCGUUUCCGCUAGGACUGGGGGAAAUGCGGGGGGAGCGGGGACAGCUGGCAACGGCGCGAGUGAAUCGCGCGGUUUCAACCGUUCGAUGUCGCAGCCGGCGAGAAAGCUCAACGCGAUCGACGGUCCGCGGAAAAUGUUGGUCGCGGGGAGACGGCCCAUGGCUGCCCCAGGCGCAGGCUCGGCAGGAUUUGUUGCAGGUAGAUUCAGCUCGGGAUCUGAAGGGUUGCCGACAGGUUCGGGCGGAGGCUCGGCAAGAGGAAUGGCCGUGCCUGGUGGUGGGAUGUCCCUGCCGCAGCAGCCGCAGCAGCCGCCGCAGCCGCAGCAACCGCCGCAGCAGCCUCCGUCGCAGGCGGGGUUUCCGCAGCGCCCCCCUCCGCAGCGGAUGCAUCGGCGCAUGAUGUCCGCGUCGCGCGCGGAGACGCGCACAUGGGAGGUGCUGGAUGUGAGCCAGGAGCAGCCGCAGGUGCAGCACGUGCAGAUGCAGCGACUGUUGAUCACGCAGGAGCAACACCACCAGCAACAGCAGUACCAGCAGCAACAGCAGUACUACCAGCAGCAGCAGCAGCAUUACCAGCGGCAGGCGUCCCUCCCGGUAAUGGAUUCAGCCAAUCAGCGACGGCUUCAGAAGGCCACUACGGCGCCGCCUGUGAGACCAGGGAUGAUCGACGGUGCUGCCUCCGCUGCUGGCGCUGGGCGCGGCGGAGGAGGCGCAAACCACGCGCAGAGAUUCGUGCCGCAGCAACACCUCCCCCCUGCGCAGGUGCCCGCCCACCAGCACCAGUUGCGCCCGCAGCAGGCGUCUCCGCAACCCCCCGCUGGGCACCCGCCAGCACUCAAUCCGCGCGGCCCCCCUCCCCCGAUGCGGGGGCACCGCCCGCGGAUGCGCUCUAUGGGGCAACUGGCGGAGCUUCUCCCCGCAGACAGAGGGGGAUUUGGGGGCGCAGGGGGCGGGGGGGGGGAAGCGGGGGAGGAGGGGGAAGCGGCGGAGAUGGGGGUUGGGGAAGCGGUGCUGAGACGAGUAACGGUCAGGUGUAUUUAAGAUCCAACACCGGCUCUGGGCGGGCGUUCUUUAGGUCGAAUAGUGGCAGUGGUAACAAAGUCGACGGUCUUCCGCCCGUUGCCACGUCACGGCCGCCUCGCGCGCUGAGGAGGGUCAGCAGCGAGUGGGG